AUGCGAGCGGCAGUGAUGUGGACAAUAAACGAUUUUCCUGCAUAUGCAAUGGUUUCUGGGUGGAUGACUAAGGGUUAUUUGGCAUGUCCAAUAUGCAAGGAGAACGUAACAUCAUCUUGGCAUGCAAGAAAAGUUUGUUAUCUUGGUCAUCGUAGAUGGCUCCCUUGGGACAACGAGUGGCGUCAGAACGAUAAAGCCUUCGACGGCACAAAAGAGACUCGGCUAAGACCAAGAGAAUGGUCCGGAGAUGAGAUUUUGGAUCAGUUAAACCGUUUGGAAUUUGGUCAUUUCGGCAAAGGGGUCAGUAACCCCAGACCAACUACACAUCUGAACUGGACGCACAAAAACAUUGAAAGAAAACCAAAAGACACGAUCGAAGCUCGCCUCGAUUUGGAACGAAUGGGCGUUAGGUCAUCUUUGUGGAUGAAGAAUGUCGGUGGUACGUUGAAGAAAGGCCAUCCUUUUUUUACAGUUAAGCCGAAUGGGAAGAAAGAGUUUUUCAACUUUAUUUCUUCUGUAAAGUUUCCAGAUGGGUAUGCUUCCAAUAUCUCGCGUUGUGUGAACGUGAAUGGGUGUAAAUUUCAAAACAUGAAGAGUCAUGACUGUCAUGUGAUACUCCAACGCCUUCUUCCAGUUGGUAUUCGACACUUAUUGCCUCUUGAUGUGGUGAAACCAAUCGUGUUGUUGUCGAGAUUUUUUUCGCAGUUGACUGCAAGGUGUUUGCGGAAGUCAGAUGUUAAACAAUUGCAGGACGACAUUGUGAACAUCUUAUGCAAGUUCGAACAGAUAUUGCCCCCAGUGUUUUUUACAAGUAUGAUUCACGUGAUGAUUCACUUGCCAGAUAAGGCAUUGCUUGUCGGACCAGUGAACUGUCGAUGGAUGUAUCCAAUAGAAAAAUAUCUUGGUGAGUUGAAAAAGUCUGUUCGAAACAAGGCAAAGCCCGAAGGAUCACUUGUGGAGGCAUGGGUCGCAUAUGAGUCACUUACUUUUUGUGCAAUGUAUCUUGAAGAUGUUGAGACAGCUUUCAAUCGUUCUCAAAGCAAUAAUGACGGUGGUGUCAGAAAAGAGAAACUGUCUGUUUUUGCCCAAAUUGCGCGACCAUUCGGCGAUCAUGUAAAAGACGAAUUGUUUACCAAAAAAGACAUGGAGGUAGCGCAUUGGUUCAUACUCAACAAUUGUGACGAGGCUUUGCCAUACCUUGAAGAGCAUGAACAAUUGAUGAAGCCGGAACAUCCUUCACAUUUAUAUGCCAAGAAGCACCGUGACUUGUUUCCUUCGUGGUUUCACGCACAUAUGAACAAAUUGAAGGAAUUGAAUUCACCCUCUUACGAUGGAGAAUUAUAUAACUUGGCGAGAGGACCGCUUCACGUUGAAUUGUUCUCAGGUUGUCAUGUCAACAGGAUCAAGUUCUUGGGGGCAACACGUGAUGACAAGUUGUCUACUCAAAAUAGUGGUGUCCAUGUCCCCGGGUGCGGGGUGACAGUGAAGACAUUGAUUUUUUAUGGCAAACUAACUAGUGUAGUACAAUUGCUUUACAAAGACAGGUGUCAAGUGAUACUGUUUAAGUGUCUUUGGUUUGAUACAAACCCACAUAACCGAACGAGUGUUAAGCGAGACCAUGGUUUACUAUCAGUAAACACUAUGAGACAUUGGUACGAUGAAGACCCAUACAUUUUGGCAACAAUGGCGAAACAAAUAUUCUAUCUAGACGACCCUAAAGCUGGCAAUGGUUGGAAAGUUGUUCAAAAGAUUGAUCGAAGAGGGCUAUAUGAUAUUCCAGAACAAGAUCAUGAUGACAAUUACAAUAACGUCGCUGACCAACAGUUAUCAUCUUCGAUAGAAAUUGGUGAAGAAACACUCCGGGAUACUAAUAUUGUCCAAGAACCGUUUGACGUAGUUGGAUUUCCUGAAUUCGAAAUAUCAAUUGACCUUGGUGAUCUACCUCAAUACAAUGCACCAGAAGAGGCAAACGAAGAUGAAGACGAAUGGGAAUCCGGAAAUGAUAGUAAUGAGGAUAGCGAGAAUUAUUAUUGUAGUUCGGAUGAUGAUUAA